AGGAUUUAGACCAAAAUUUCUCACGUCUUCAGUCCUGGCAAGUCUCAAGUAGCAUGAGCAAUAGAGCUCUUGUUGAAAUUGACCGAAGUUGUCCUUUAACUUAGGAAUCUAUACAUUAUACCAAAGGUGUCUGUCAUCAAGAGGGAAAAAAAGACAUUGAUAUGUCAAUAGACAGAGUGUAGUGUCUAAUGUCUAUAGGCCUUAAGGUUCACUCUCCCAUAAUUCAAAGGAACCAACUUUCUUUUAAAAGUCUGACCAUGCUGAGCAUAAAUCAGAAUGUUAACACUGAACAUUUUGGGUUGCACUACAUGUUUCAGGUAGUCAAUGUAUUUCCAUACAUUGAAAAUGCAAUGGAAACACAUUACAGAAAUAUGACUCUCCAUGAGCUAGGGGAAGGUGUAAUGCAAUUUGCAAUGUUUGGAAAUAUACUGACUACCUGAAACAUGUAGUGCAAAAUUUUCAAUGUAAACAUUUUAAUUCAUGUUAAGCAUGAUGGGACCUUUAAAAAAAUCUAUAUAUUUUUUUUAAAGUUGGAUUAUGUGGGGGGUUCACGGUUGGCCCCUUAGCUCCCCGCCUACCAGUUAAACUUUAAUUAAUGGAAAACUGUAACCCGUAUUCUCACCUUUUUUGUCUUUUCCUUUGUACUGAUUUGACUAGUUGAGAUGGUUGUAUCAUUUAUAGUAGUAUGUGUUUCUUCUCUCUUCUGUUAACCUAGAUGUUUCUUCUCUAUUAAUCCGGAGAAGGGGACAAAAGUGGAACAAACUAAAACAAAACGGCUCCAUGUGAAUCCAAGAGUCCUUACUUUGAUUCAGGACCUCUCAGACCAUGAAUGGUGAGCUAUUUAAAAAGUUGUUCCUUCAGGUGACCAUGAACACCCAUGUUUCUCUAGAUGUUCUUCUAGAAGCAAUGCAGUUGCAUCUUAAUCAAGCCUUCACCAUGAUUCACAAGCUCUCCAUGAACGGCGAGCUAUUUAAAAAGUUGUUCCUUCAAGUGGCUGUGAACACCCAUGUUUCUCUAGAUGUUCUUCUAGAAGCAAUGCAGUUGCAUCUUAAUCAAGCCUUUACCAUGAUUCACAAGCUCUCCAUGAAUGGCGAGCUAUUUAAAAAGUUGUUCCUUCAAGUGGCUGUGAACACCCAUGUUUCUCUAGAUGUUCUUCUAGAAGCAAUGCAGUUGCAUCUUAAUCAAGCCUUUACCAUGAUUCACAAGCUCUCCAUGAAUGGCGAGCUAUUUAAAAAGUUGUUCCUUCAGGUGACCAUGAACACCCAUGUUUAUCUAGAUGUUCUUCUAGAAGCAAUGCAGUUGCAUCUUAAUCAAGCCUUUACCAUGAUUCACAAGCUCUCCAUGAAUGGCGAGCUAUUUAAAAAGGUGUUCCUUCAAAGUGAUGGAGCCGAUGAACACCUAUAUCACCAUUUUUCGUGGCUCGCUAUUAACAAGGUUCACAUUUAUUCACUCACUCACUACCACACCUCACUCAUAAUUCCUCUCUCUCACAAACACAAGUGCAACCACACACACACACACACACUUUAAUGAUCUCUUUCUCAUUAUUUUUUCAACAAUAAAUUUGCAUUAUUGUGAAUUGUA